AUGACAGAGUACGACUACUCGCCCGAGGCCUACCAGCGCGCCAUGGCGACGCACAACCGGGUCAGCAAUUGGGUCGUCUCGCAGACCUACUCUCGCCCGCAGUACAAUAACCCCUUCCAGCUCACGCGGUCCGAAGCCGCCGAGCGCGCCGCCUCGCCCCAGUAUACCUCCACGCCGUCCGAUUUCCCAGGCUCGCCAGGGCUUUACGCGAUGGAGCUCGAGCGGCGGCGCGGGCGGGACCGCAGCGUAUCCAUGAGCGCGGCGGGGCACAACCAUCAUCGCAGAAGUGCGUCUACAAACACCCCGGGGUACCCGCCCACCAGCCAGCGCGCCACAGCAGGUUACCGCCCGCCCCCGACGCGCUCGCAGACGUACUCACUCUCGCAGACGCUGCGCCCGCAGUCGUCGUCGCAGUCGACCUCGCGCACGACCUCGCCGCAUCGCUCUAACUCGCUGUCACAGUCGCACUCCUCGUCGCGCACGCGCAGCCCGGCCAAGCCGCCGUCCGGGACUUAUUACGCGCCGCAGCCGGCUUACCCGUACCAGCCGCACUCGCAGCCGGUGGUGUAUACUUCACCGCAGACGGGGAGGUAUCCGCAACAGUCAGGGACGGCAUAUUAUAUCAAGGGCGGACAGGUGCAGCCGUACCUAUAUGGGGGGAAUAAUAAGGUCGUGCAAGUACCGCCUGGGCAGCAGGCGUAUGUAUACCCGGGGGGCGAUGUCCGCAUUGUUCCUAGCAAGCACGCUACGCCAAAUACCCUUAAGAAGAAAACCGGGCAGCCCUUCCUCAAGCGCCUCUUCACAGGUUGGUCGACCGGGAGUAUGAACUCGCGCGACCGCCGCCGCCGGAUGAGUUACUAG